AGGACUGCUUUGGGAUGGUUAUCUGCCGACCUGGAUUUGACAGCGCGCUGGACGAGGUUUUAUGCACGAGUCCCGCGCACGAUCAUAAUCGCUUGGCAAACUUAUAUAGACAGAAACCUGUUCUCAUGGUGGGCCCUUCCUUUAUCUGCCGAUGAGACCGCGAUAAAGCGCUUGAUUAUUGAAUGUCACCUCCAGUCACAAUGGACUACGGACGGACCAUGGCCCCUCCGGUGCCACCGCACAAACCCAAACCUGCCCGACCAGGGCAGCCACAGGAACGGCUGUUGAAGUGCGUCCUGCUCGGCGACGGUGCGGUCGGGAAAACCAGCCUGGUGGUCAGCUACACAACGAAUGGAUACCCAACCAAAUACGUCCCUACCGCAUUUGAUGACUUUUCGGCUGUGGUCCAGGUGGACGGGAGCCCAGUAAGACUACAGCUGUGUGACACUGCGGGACAGGAUGAGUUCGACAAACUCCGCCACUUCUGCUAUAGUCGCACUGAUGCCUUGCUACUAUGCUUCAGCGUGGUCAGUCCUGCCUCCUUUCAAAACGUCUGGGAGAAGUGGGUCCCCGAAAUCCGCCGCCGCUGCCCUCUGACACCUGUACUCCUCGUGGGCACGCAGUGCGACCUUCGGCAGGACGUCAAAGUGCUGAUUGAGCUGGCGAGGCGGAGGGAGAGACCGGUGCUGGAGGAAGAUGCCAGAACGCUGGCAGAGAAGAUCGGGGCCGUUAUGUACGUUGAGUGCUCGGCGCUGACACAAAAGAAUCUGAAGGAGGUGUUUGACGCAGCCAUUUCUGUGGGGUUACGGCACUCUGAUAGGAGAGCACGGCGGGAAAGGAAAGUCCGCAGCACGGCCGAUAAGAUGAAAAUGCUGUCCAAGUCCUGGUGGAAAAAGUAUGUGUGCGUGCAGUAGAAAGAAAGGAGAAAAACCUCCUUUAACUGGUUGAAAAUUGGAACUGCUGACUGAUUUGGAGGGACUGAGUUGGAUGUAAGGACUUCUUUUUACAUUCACAGAGGACCUCAGAUGAGCUUGUCUGAAUGACUUUAAUUCACUGGAGCAACAGGUCAGCAGAGGCAGAGUGAGCUUGCCUGAGCUGAGGGGGGGGUGGUUUCAGCUUGACCAGAAAAGACCCCAUGUUGACAUCGAAAGAACAGAGAGCACAGGGCUGUAACCACUGUCUGCUUCUAAAGAUUACUGUGACAAGCAUUCAACCAAAAAAAUUAUGACAUCAAAGAAAUAUUCUGGCACAUGGACAACAUAACAUGCUGGACCAGAGGAAAUAUGAGCUGACUCGGAGGGAAGAUGUUAAAGUGGUGAUGUUACGUACUAAAAGUGUACUCCUUUUUGUCUGGUUCCCUUAAAUGAAAAGUAUAAUAUUAUAUGUUCUACACUGUCAUUUAGACCUCAUGACAGUCAUAUAUCUAUUUUAUUUUCACAAAACAUGAAGUUAAUGCAAAUUGCUUAGCUUAAAACCCCAAAUCAAAGAUGCAAUUAUUCGGCUGUUAAAGCUAAUCCUGCACCUUGUUAGAUAAAUCAGAGGCAUCUCCAAGUUCUUUAACAAAUGUAUAUUCAUUUUUUUUCUAGGUUACAAUCAGAUGUAUAUGAGUAAUCUUUUUUUCUAAAAUGAGUGACAUCUUGAGGCAUUACAUUUCUUUUUGACCACAUAGGACACAGACCCCUAAUCUCCUCACUGACACAAACCUACUAUAGUAGAUUGAUGUAGCUGAAGAUUAAAAGAUCAAAUUCUUACUCAUUCGGAUGAUCAAACCAACUUGUCCUGAGUAACACUGUAGGCUAACAGUUGUUCACUUUGACUGAACAGCUCAUCUGACAAGUUACAGCCUGGUUGUUUUCUUUUUUUAAUUAUUACUGUAAAAAUGCUGCCGCAAUAUGUAGGUUGCACCAUUUUAAAUUGCACUUAUCACACACAGUCCUAAGACAUCACCAGCCAAGCAGUGUCCUCUGAACCAAAGGUGGAAGUCUUUUAAACUGGAUGCAAAAGUAGGUACUACAGGGUCUUUUCAUGUCAUUCCUGUGAGGGCCUUAAACAGAUAAUUAUCCAUCUUUGUUGGUCAGUGUAUUGGAGCGCUCUCCUCUUUUGAAAUUAUAGAGUAAAUGAGGCGAAAUCACCAAAGAGACAGAUUCAGUGUUUUUUUGCUUCUUAUUUUUCAGAAGCCUGUUGUUCCUCUCUGUCUAUUUAACUGUUUCAUCGGGGCCAACAGCUGAUUUUGAAUCAAUAGCAAUACAGAGCAGAUAUAUGAGACAACAUAUGUCCUUAUAUAUGUUACAUCGUAAUCACUUAUGAUGUUUGUAAUGUCAUCGGGAUAAAUCUAUGUUUACAUAUAUAAGUGACUUUCACUGGAUGUUCUGUCCACCUCUGAAUGGUACAGUAUGAUUUAUUUCCCCCCCGUUUGUGUCUGACUCGUAUAUGUAAGAAGUUUGUUGAGCUGAUGGGUGGAACAAAAUAAAAUGUGAAAUAUUUAAA